CUGCUUCCACGGGCACCACCUCUUCCUAUAUCUAGACUAUCAAACACGCACUCGGGCUCUCCAUCCCCGACCCCACCAAACAAUUGGGGCUCUGAUACCCCUCACGACACUCCACUAGCCGCUGGCCAUGGCCAAAGCUGUGCAAACCCCAAGUACAGCCUCUUCUCCCGUCGUGGGCCCUGCCCAGUCUGAAGGGAUGACAGAGGAAUUCCCGAGGAAGCUAAAACAUGUGGUUCCAUUCGAUGAAGAUAACUCCCCUUCCACCUUUUCCUCUUCGGGCCAUGCUGGUAGUGACAACGAGCGACUAGAGGAGCCGGAUUGUGAGGAAUCACUCUCCCGGGACCCUAAAAUGGUAUUCCACGACCUGGACGUUCCAGACUCCAAACCCCCGCUUAAUGGGGUUAAUGGAAAUUCGUUAAAAUUAGAAUCUGAGGAGAAGAGGAAAAAGAAAAGGGUUAUCGCCAAUGGAGAUGACAAAACUGAUACAAAUGAAAUCCCCUCCGUGAUCGAGAUGCCAGGACCUGACCAGUCACACGAGGUUGGGGGGAUGCUCCUGGAUGGAACCAUGGUGAAUUGCGAUAGCGAGACCAUGGAUAAAAAAGAGCGGAUCAGGUCAAGUAAAUUGGAAUUCAAGAGACUCGAUGAACUAUACAAUAAAACAACACAUGAUUUUUAUUUCGCGGAAUCCUCGCCAUCACCCGCAGGCAAGGAGGAUAAGUGGGAGGAGUUCUUAUUCGUAAUCAGACGAAGAUUUGAUUGGCAAAACAAAUACCAGAAAACCUACGUUGAUGUCAAGAGCAUAGAAAUCCGAACAGUCCUAAGGGAGGUCUUGAAAGAUGUCUCUGGAGUUGGGCUCCGAGAGGAUAAGCCCACGGUGGAGCCGAAUCUUCUGUUCAAUUAUUUACCCCAGCUCGAGAACGAAUUAGCAAAGGCGAAGGCUGUUUCCGAGGAACAACAGAACAAGACCCUUAUUUCACAUCUCACUCUAUUCAACGACUAUAUCUCAACCGACUACGCCUCCACCAUCAAGAAACUCUACCCUCUUUUAGAACACUACGAGAUCACUUUCGACCUCCUUUGGGCUUUAUUUCUCCCAAACACCCUGAUUUACACCAUCUGCGCUGGAUCUAACGAGCCGAGAUGCCUCAAGCUCGAUUGGGGUGAGCAGAAGGAAACCUUGGACCGUGGUAAAUUCUUCCAAUUAGAUUGCCACUACGUUGAGUACGAUGGCAAAACAUAUGGGGAGGCGAGUGCCGUUCUCGAAAUCGACGAAUUCAGGGGAGCAAGGAGAAUCGAUAGUCUUGGGGUAUUCCCCUUGGCCUAUCACGAGGACGAAGAGGAUGUCAGAGAAAGGCUUAUUGAGCGCGGGAGAAAGUUCGGAUCCCUAAAAGGCAUGCACUACAAGUACUACAAGGGUCUCGCUUUCUUCAAGCGCAAGAGGGGGGUCGUGAGGGUAAAUGUGGACGGACGCAUUAUGGUUGAUCCAAGCACCUUCAGAAGGAUCAAUCCCAACUAUCGCAUGAGUCCUGUAAAAGAGUCCGCUUCUCACACAUCCCCCGGCGCGGCCAACGCUGAGGAUGAUUCGGAGAACGAAAACGAAGAUGAGGACGAGGAUUGCGGGGGAGGCGAUGAUGAGGAAGAUGAGGAGAUGACAGAGGAACAGCUUCUCCUAUGCUCGCCUACAGUAUUGGGUUUCAGCUUCGGAGAUAAAUUAUGGGCGGAGUUUGCAGUCGAACACGUCAAUGAAAUCGAGUUCAACCCAGACGCAUUCGAGAGCCUUGUUCUACCCGAAGCACAGAAGAAAAUUGUGAAAGCACUGGUCGAAAGCCACACGGGUAAUCGUGGGUCAAGGUCUGGAAUAGACGAUGUGAUAAAGGGAAAGGGAAAGGGGCUAGUGGCUGUUCUACAUGGACGCCCAGGGGUUGGCAAAACCUUAACGGCGGAAGGGAUCUCGGAAUUUCUCCAAAAACCCUUGUACAUGGUAGGAGCUGGAGAACUUGGAACGGACUCGCGCACGCUAGAAACACAGCUAUCUCGGAUUUUAGACAUUGCGCAUGUUUGGGGCGCAGUUCUUUUACUAGACGAAGCAGAUGUUUUCCUAGAACGUCGAUCGGUCCAUGACCUGCAGAGAAAUGCUCUCGUUUCAAUAUUCUUGAGGCUGCUUGAGUACUUCCAGGGGAUCCUGUUCUUAACCACCAAUAGGGUCGAAACCUUUGACGAGGCCUUCCAAAGUAGGAUUCAUAUAGCUCUUCGAUAUAACGAUCUCGAUAAAAAGGCCAGGAGAGUCAUUUGGAAAACAUUCCUGGGAAUGGUCGCAAAAGAGGAAUCCGGUCCUGAUCGUGCGCUGAGGGACGUAGUUAACGAUAAAGAGCUCGAGGGGCUCGCGAGGCGUGAACUGAAUGGUCGACAGAUCAAAAAUGCAGUCCGAACAGCUCAAGCGCUUGCAUUGAGCAAAAACGAGGGACUAUCAAUGGAGCACCUCAAACUUGUACUUGCCGUCACCGAAGGGUUUGAGCACGACCUCAAAGGCACCGGGAAGCUGGACAGUAAAGACCAUCCUCUCAGAUUUGCAGAUUUCUCUCAAGAAGCUAAUUUAAUCCUAGACAUGAUGAGUUAUGCGUAG